CAUAACAUUAACGCAAUACGGUUUGCUCACCAGUAUCUAUUUAUCAUGACAAGCAGCUUAUUAAGAUGUAGCAAUCAUUUUAGAAAUGACAUAAAACUUAUAACAAUUAACAAAAAUAAGAAAGUGAUAAAUUUCAUACCUUUACAAGGUAAUAAAACAUUUGUUAGUUGGAUAAGUUGUGCAGGUGAGAAAGACAAAUUUACAUCACAGAUAAAAAGUAAGAAGGAAAUUAAAGAACUAUUGAUAACUAAAACACUUAACAGUAUGGUGAAAGAUAUAAACAAUCAGAAACAUAUAAUGGAAAAACACAUAUUAAAUAUUAUAGAGUAUAUGGAGUCAUACCAAGUAUUUGGUAUGAACGAAAACAAUGAAAUGCUUUCAUUGCUUCAGUGGUGUAAUUAUAUAACUGAUUGUUUACCAUUAGAGAAAAUAAAACUUGGACAAUCUUUAUGGCUAUUUUUAACUGUAUACGAUUUCAAGGUGUCUACAGAACAUUAUAAUGCACUUUUAAAGUUAUAUGUUGAUAAUGAACAUACUUUUUCAACUGCGAAAUUAAUGACAGAUAUGUACUCUAAACAAAUUUAUCCAAAUAAACAAUCAUAUGACAUGUGUAUCAAAUAUUGCUGUAAGAAAGGAAAUAUUGACGAAGCUCUAAAGCUUAUACAAGAUAUGAAAAUGUAUAGAAUAAAUAUUUCAGAAUCUGUUUUAAAUUCAUUAAUGAUAGGGUAUUCUCAAUCUGGAGAUAUAUUAAGUAUAAAUGAAAUUAAAAAUGUUAUGAAACAAAAUAAAUUAAGUUCGAGGGGUGAUACAUAUGCUGCUGUUUUAUAUGUUUAUGCAGUAUUAAAUGAUAUUAAUAAAGUGAAAGAAACAAUUGAAAAUUGUUAUUUAAAAAACAUAUAUUUUGACAAUCAAAUUAUUUUAAAUACAAUUUAUAUAUUUGUAAAAAAUAAUCACCUUAAAGAUAUCAGAACUGUAUACCAGUAUUUAAUAAAAAAACGUAUGAUUACAAAUUGUGAAGUGCAAAUUAUAUUAAAAUUAUUAGAUAUUAAUUAUUCUAUAGCUAUAGACAUUCUUGUAAUAAUAAGUUUAGAUAAUAAUCAUCCACAUUUCAAAAAUAUUAUAACAUUAAUUUUAAAACAUCUGGUUAAUAACAGAGUGGCACUUGAAGACAUUAUUAAAUUAUUUGUUUGUUUUAAAGACGAAAGUAUAUUUAGAAAAUCCCUUUUAGUAUUAUUAUACUAUUCAUUAUUGAAAUGUGAUAAUUUAUCUCUUUCUGUACUCAAAAUAUGUAAAAAUCAUUAUCUGAUAAAGCCACACUACUUUUGGCCACUUCUAGUUAGACAAGCAUAUAAAUAUAAUCUACAAGGCAUUUUAGAUAUUCUUCAAAUUAUGAUAAAUGACUUUAACAUAAAACCUUGUGUGGAUACAAUUACUGAUUAUAUUUUACCAUUUAUUUUUGGAGAUAUACAUAAUAUAAGAAAUGUGUUAAUAAAACAUAGAGUAAAUGCAACAGUGGUAAAUAAUGCUUAUGUGUUAUUCAUGCUAAGAAGAUAUAAAAUAAAAACUGCUGCGAAAUACAUGAAAUAUUUUCAAGAUAAAUAUUUUUAUAAAAUAAUCAGUGUUGAUCUCAGAUAUGUUUUGGUUUCUACAACUGAUGUAAUGAAUUUUAUAUUUAUUAGUUCUAAUUUAGUAGAAGAUACUAAUUCAUAUAAAUCAUGUAUGAUGACCGAUCAAUGGUGCAAUAUAAAAUUAGUGCCAAUGGAUCGGCAGUUUUAUGAUUGUAUACUUGAUUUCCCAUUUACAGAAACAUGGUUCAAAAGGUUAAUAGGAAAAUAUAAAAUUGAGAAUAUUGUUUAAAGUUUUUGAAAUUGAUAAAUAUAAUUGAUAAACAAAUUAU